UUUUUAUUUUUUUUAUUUUUCAAUUUUUUUUUUAAUUUUAAUUUUCUUUAUUCAAUCUUUUUAAUAAUAGAUACAAUUUCAAUAAUAGAGUUUAUACACUUUAAAUAAUAUUGUUGUUCUAUUUAUACCAAUACAAAACAUUAGUAUUUAUUUUAAAAUCUUGUAGUAUUACUUUUUGUUUAAAUAAAAUAUACCAGUACCAAAAUUAAACAUUAAUGUUCAAUAGAAGUGUGACAAUAAUAAAAUAUUUAAACUUUUAAUAAAAUAAUAAUAAUUGUAAUAGAUAAUAGUAAUAGUAAUAGUAAAAAUUAAAAAAUAAAAAAUGAGAAUAGUAAAAUCAUUAAUUCUUUUUAUUUAUUCUCUUUAUAUAAUUGCAUCUGUUAGUGCUUAUGAAAGUAACAAUAACAAUGGUGGAUGGGGUUCACUAUGGGAAAAAGAGAAUGAUGGAUGGGGAAAGGGUGGUGGUGGUCAAGUAGGAUGGGAAGGUAACCAUCAUGGAAAUCCUCAUGGAAAUCCACACCAUGGUGAUUGGAAUCCACACCAUAAAAAACCCGAGCAUGAACAUAAACCAAUUAUUAAAGACCCAUGUUAUAAUCAAUACUGUCCAAGAGGAUGGCAAUGCAAAGCUGAAAAUGGAAAGGCUUCUUGUGUUGAAGUUGUGGAGAGCUGUGAAAAUGUUCAUUGCCCAAGACGUCAUCAUUGCGAAAUCAUUGGAAAGAGAGCCAAAUGUGUUAGUGACCCACAUAAACCAGAAGACUGUGAUGCUUGUAGAGAUUUAAUCUGCCCAGAUAAUUACAGAUGUUUACCAAAACCAGAAGGUGGUUGGUUCAAACAUCACAUCAAACACCAUUGGCAAUUACACCCAUCCCAUUGUGGAAACAAUCCAAAUAGAGUUAAAGCAAUUUGCGUUAAAUCACCAAUUGGUGAUUGUUCUAAAGUAAGAUGUCCAAGAGGUUAUAAAUGCAAGUUAUAUGAAAAUGGUCCAUCAUGUGAAAGAAUUAAGAGACCACACUGUCUCACCUGUAAAGAAAUGCAUUGUGAACAAAAUGGAUUAGUUUGUGUCUUAACCCCAGUAUCCAAACAUAGAUUAUUCUUAGACCCAGAAUGUUGUCCAAUCGUUCCAACUUGUAUUUCACCAAAUACUAUUGCUGCUUCCACUAUUGCUACUACUGCUUCAGCUCACGGUACCACAAUUGCAUCUUUAGUUACUACCGGCCCAAACAGUAUUGGAGGUGGAACAGGAGGUAUUGACUUUUCGUCAUCAGAAGUAUCAUCAUCAUCAGAAGUAAUUACUACAACCGGUUUUAGCAGCUCAGACGAUUCAUCAAAUGGCAUAACUACUGACUUUUUAGAUACUGGUGAUAUUACAGAUUUCAUAACAGAUAUUGGAACUGGUUUCUCAUCAUCUGAUGAAGGAUUAACAACUGAAGUUGCUGAUACUGGUGAUAUUACAGACUUCAUAACAGAUUUUGUAACUGGUUUCUUAUCAUCUGAUGAAGGAUUAACAACUGAAGUUGCUGAUACUUAAAUUAGGUCGAUUUCUUUUAAAUUGAAGAAUAAAAUUUAAAACUGGUUUUAAAAAUAAAAAAAAAAUAAUUAUAAAAAAAAAAAAAAAAACUAAAAUAUAAAUAAAAAUUUUUAUUAAAAAUAAAUAGAAAAAUAAUAUUUUAUUCUCUUUUAUUCCU